GUGAGUGCGAAGUCGAUCGUGGGACGGCGUACGCGGACGCGUUUGCACCUUUCGCGGUGGCCUCGUCGAAGAUUGACACGUCGGUCGACUGAGGCCGUGUGUCUUGGCUUAUUUCGCAUGACGACGUGCCCGUACGGCCGAGUACGCGGAAACGUUGAGGUUAGGCACUGUUUCUAUAGCAGAUGGAGCCAGCAACCCGGGAACGUCGCGGUGGUGACCUACGCAGGGUCGCUAACUACGCGCGGGAAGGACACCAACGCGAGCCAAGUGAGACCCGACAUCUGUGGGUCGCAGGAAUAUAUCACCAGAGGAAGAAUCGAUAUAAAAGUGGAGUUUGCAGGCUUGCGUCUCGCUCUCGACGAGGGAUCAGCGAUGACGUAUCUAGCUACUUGCAGGAUCCGUGGUAUUACCGAUUCGUCCAUACGAUAUUCCUACGAUAUUACGAUAGAACAGAUCAAGCGCGAGCAACGACGGUCGUGCUCCGCAGCGAAGAGCUGUUGUUGCGUGUCGAGUAUCGGUAUAUGGCGAAAAUCCGGCAUAGCACGAGGGACAAUCGUCAACGGCGUAGUAGGAACUCUCCACAUUCUACAGCGUUGUUCGCUUCCGACGGUCGAGCGUGCGGUCGUCGAUCGAGCGAGACGCGAACUUGUCGAGUCUGGUUGCGGAUUUUAAUCCCGGCUCCCCGUUGUACCUCGUGGCGUCCCGCUGAGUGUCAGUU